GUGGGUAUAAAAGCGGAGGCAAAGGGGGGGUUUGGAGCACAGAGCGGUUUGGUCGUUCGUUGGACGGGUUUCUUUUCUUUGCUCGGCCACUGCGGCUCUUCUUUGGGCAGCAGGAGCGGCGCGGCGGUCGGAGAAGCGGUCUAAGACUUCGGCAUUGGGUAAAAGAAAAUGGCUCGAACCAAGCAGACUGCCCGUAAAUCCACGGGUGGGAAAGCGCCCCGCAAACAGCUGGCCACUAAAGCCGCCCGGAAAAGCGCCCCUUCUACUGGUGGGGUGAAAAAACCUCAUCGCUACAGGCCCGGGACCGUAGCGCUUCGGGAGAUCCGUCGUUACCAGAAAUCCACCGAGCUUCUGAUCCGGAAGCUGCCUUUCCAGAGGUUGGUGAGGGAGAUCGCCCAGGAUUUCAAAACCGAUCUGAGGUUUCAGAGCGCCGCCAUUGGCGCGCUUCAGGAGGCCAGUGAAGCGUACCUGGUGGGUUUAUUUGAAGAUACUAAUCUGUGUGCCAUCCACGCUAAGAGAGUCACCAUCAUGCCCAAAGACAUCCAGUUGGCUCGCCGGAUACGGGGAGAGAGAGCUUAAGUGAAGGCAGUUUUUAUGGUGUUUUGUAGUAAAUUCUGUAAAAUACUUUGGUUUAAUUUGUGACUUUUUUUGUAAGAAAUUGUUUAUAAUAUGUUGCAUUUGUACUUAAGUCAUUCCAUCUUUCACUCAGGAUGAAUGCGAAAAGUGACUGUUCACAGACCUCAGUGAUGUGAGCACUGUGGCUCAGGAGUGACAAGUUGCUAAUAUGCAGAAGGGAUGGGUGAUAAUUUCUUGCUUCUCAUGAUGCAUGUUUCUGUAUGUUAAUGACUUGUUGGGUAGCUAUUAAGGUACUAGAAUUGAUAAAUGUGUACAGGGUCCUUUUGCAAUAAAACUGGUUAUGACUUGAUCCAAGUGUUUAACAAUUGGGGCUGUUAAGUCUGACCAUACAUCACUGUGAUAGAAUGUGGGCUUUUUCAAGGGUGAAGAUACAAGUCUUAACCACAGUGUAACUUACAGUUUCCUUAAAAAAAAAAAAAAGUAAACCUGGCAGCUAUAGAAUACACUAUGUGCAUUUAUAAUAGCUAUUUUAUAUAUUGUAGUGUCAACAUUUUUAAAUUAAAUGUUUUACAUUCACAUGUGGUGGGGAGUCUUGUCAUUAAGGUGUGUGUAAUUUAAAGUCCAGUUGGUUUUCUCCUAACUAGACUGCACUUGUUUUCAUAAUAGUAAAAUGCUUUGCAAAGUAUACCUUGCAUAAGUCCUCAUUCUACCACAUGUUAACUAAUCCUCUAGCUGAUUAAUGCAAACACUAAUUGGGGGGAUUUUAUUUAUAAGGGCUCUAGACUAUAAUACAAGUUAUUCACACCAGCAUCAUCUGUUAAUAAUAUUUAAACUAGUUAGUGCAGCUUUUCUUUGUGUAGUGGUUGUUCUCAUAACUAGGUUAAGUUUUUCUCUACCAAGAGGAAACAAUACCGAAGUUCUUUUCCUUGUGGAGUUUGUAUUAUAAUAACCCUUAGAGUAAACUUGCUGUGGGGGAGGGGCACACAACUCCAGCUUUUUGAACCUCUGCUAGUUAAGAUGGUGUCCAGUUAGGUUACAUCUGAUACAUGGUCCUGGGAAAAUCACUUUAUAGAGAUGGCCUUCCAAGUGGUUUUAAAAAUUACCCUUCUAUUGAAAUCUUUAGGUCAAUUAUGUAUGUUGACUUAAGUUUACAAAUAAACUUGUUUAUUCAACUAAGUGUCAAAAACCUACAUUGAAUAUACAAAGUUUAAAUACAUCCAUUAUCUAGUUUCUUUGUAUCCUGAAGUUUGAACUUAGUUUAUACCUGGUUUUGCUCGGUAGACGAACCAUUUAUACACAAAAGUAGUUACAAAUUUCUUUGUACAAGUUAAACACAAGUCCACAAGUAUAGAACUCUUUGUCUAAGCUGCUUUUUUUCAGUAUAAAGCUAGUUUUCUUGACCAGUGAUGGUCCGCUAUAUGCAUAGUAUCUAGAUGUCAGCAAGACAUGGGCACAAGAGCCACUGGUCAUCAGACAAGCAUUCUGUGUAUUUGAAGCUGGUAGCUAUAGAAAGAUGGUUGUGCCCUAAUAACGUAGCUUCUGUUUUUUUUUAAAAAAAAAAAUUUGGUUUCAAAUUCAAGGACUUAGGCAAGCUAGGAUAGGUUUGAUUCUUGGCAGCUUAAUGAGUCUUCAUUGAGGCAUCAAGGCGGAGUCCGAUAUAUACUGAACUGGUUUUCUAGAAGGUUCAUCAUAACUAGCUCUGGAACAGUGACUUCCCAGUUGUGAUGAUCUCAACAUUGUGCUUCUGAAGGACAUUGGUGUGAUCCUGGACGGUGGAAUGUGCUGUGGAGUACCUUGCAGUGUCAGAGUACAAGUAGACUUUCACUGUGGUGAUGUCAGUUUGUUGAAUUUACUAGUUGUGAUAACCCAAGUGGGGUGAAACUUGUCUACCCCAGCACAUCUUCUCUACAUCCUGAUGUAGAGGUUUAUGGGUUUUACUGGGCAGCUGGGAAUCUGCUGCUUUAAAUAGUGCAGCUUGUGCUAACAGACAUGAGCGUACUUAACCCAGAAGGCAAAAAUAUCUUCUGGUUCUAGGAAGCUGCCCACACAGGAUAACCCUGGGUUUAGAUGAUGGGACAGAACUCUGUAAGGAGAAAAAAGCUGGAGCUGAUGAAGGUAUCCUGUGCCCUUAAUGGAUGAGACAAAAAUAAAGUUUUUGAAGUUGAGACUA